AUGUUUGUAGAUGAGCGGAUUGUAACUCUGUUCAAAAGAAAUGCCCAUCACACAUUGACCUAUUGGAGUGUUUUCUUCAGCUUUGGACUCUGCAUUGCUUUUCUUGGGCCUACAAUUUUGGACUUGCAAUGUCAAACAAACUCAACACUUCAUCAGAUUACAUGGGUAUUCUUUGCCCAGCAGUUCUGUUUGUUGAUUGGCAGCUCUGUUGGUGGUGUUUUCAAGCGAACGUUGUUCAGAGCACUAGCUGCUUUAUUUGUUUCUGCUCUCAUCAUCUCCGCAAUAUUUGCCAUCAUCCCUUUGUGUAAUGAUGUCCUCCUGCUGGUUGUCGCCAUGGCUGUGUCUGGUUUGGCGAUGGGAGUUAUUGACACCAUUGGAAACAUCCAGCUGGUGGCCAUCUAUAAGAAGGACUCAGCCAUAUUCUUACAGGCUCUUCACUUCUUCAUUGGGCUCGGAGCCCUGGUGAGCCCACUGAUUGCAGAUCCUUUCCUCUCAGAGAGGGGCUGUGGGAAUCACACAGGGAACGAGACUGAGAUGAUACAUCAUUUCAGGAACAUGCUGAGAAACAGUCCGAUUGCAGAGCACAAUGUAACUCAGAGCCACCUGCCUCAUGAAGCAGAGGAAGGGGACUCUAUUGUGCACUAUGCUUUCUGGAUCAUGGCACUUAUUAAUCUGCCUGUGCCCAUUGCUGUCCUGUUCCUGAUGUAUCGUGAGCAGCUGAUCCCGUGUUGCCCCAGCAGUGCUCCUCAUCUUCUGGACAAAGAUGAACUAGAAAUGGAGAACCAGCAGGGGGCAGAGGGCCCAAACAUGGAGCAAAAGGAACAUGAAGACAGAGGUCAUGGGGAUAUCUUUAACUGCUGUCAGAAUGAUAACCUGCUCAGGCUGCCAGUAUCUUUUUUUAUGAUUCAUGUCCUGGGUGGAAUGGUGCUCUUCAUGACAGAUGGUAUUGUGGGAGCAUAUGCCGGCUUUGUGUACAUCUAUGCUGUAGCACCACCGAUGUCACUGGCUCAUAAAACAGCAGGCUACCUGGCCAGUAUCUUCUGGGCAGCGAUCACUGCUGGACGUCUGAUGUCCAUACCUCUCUCAUAUCGCUUCCAGCCUGUGACACUGCUCAUAUUCAACCUGUCAGGUGCUAUUGUUACUGUCUUGAUGCUGCUUAUUUUCUACACCAGCAGUGUCUUUUUGUUUGUUGGGACCUGUUUAUGUGGGCUCUUCCUCAGCAGCAUCUUCCCCUGUAUGCUUGCCUAUACUGAAGACAUCCUUGAUUACCAGGGAUAUGCAACCCCAGUGCUGGUGACAAGUGCAGGGAUGGGAGAGAUGGUAAUGCAGGUUCUGGUUGGUUCGAUUAUCCACACUGAAGGCAGCUACAGCUUUCUGCUGUGUGGAAUGAUAAUCGCCUGUGCCGGUUUUAUCCUUUUCCUCAGUCUCCUGCUGUUUCAUCGACUGCACAAAAAUGAUCUCUCAGGAACAUCAAAAAAGUCAGGCAUGGUGGCGGAACCAGCAGCUGAGCCAAGUGGAUCUGCCAAAAUACACCAGACAGAAGAGAAAGGGGGCCGCUGA